CUGUCUGCGGCGGGGCUGGGAGGCUCGGGGCUGACCGCGGCUCCUCCUGCCCGCUGCCGCCGCCGCCCAGCCUUGCAUUCGGCCCGGCCGCGCCAUGGAGAAGAGCUCCAGCUGUGAGAGCCUGGGCUCCCAGCCCGCGGCCGCGCGGCCGCCCAGCGUGGACUCGCUGUCCAGUGCCUCUACCUCUCAUUCGGACCAUUCAGUACACUUAAAAUCAGCUUCUGUUAUAUCAUCUGAUUCUAUUUCAACUUCUGCAGACAACUUUUCUCCUGACUUGAGGGUGUUAAGGGAGACUAACAAAUUAGCAGAAAUGGAAGAACCACCUUUGCUUCCAGGAGAAAAUAUUAAAGACAUGGCCAAAGACGUUACUUAUAUAUGCCCAUUCACUGGGGCUGUACGAGGAACUUUGACUGUUACAAAUUACCGGUUAUAUUUCAAAAGCAUGGAAAGGGAUCCUCCAUUUGUUUUAGAUGCUUCACUCGGUGUGAUCAGUAGAGUAGAAAAAAUUGGUGGUGCUUCUAGUCGAGGUGAAAACUCUUAUGGACUUGAAACCGUAUGCAAGGAUAUUAGGAAUUUAAGGUUUGCUCAUAAACCAGAAGGACGAACAAGAAGAUCCAUAUUUGAGAAUCUAAUGAAAUAUGCAUUUCCUGUGUCCAAUAACUUGCCUCUCUUUGCAUUUGAGUACAAAGAGAUAUUUUCAGAAAAUGGAUGGAAGUUGUAUGACCCUCUUUUGGAAUACCGAAGGCAGGGAAUUCCCAAUGAAAGUUGGAGAAUUACAAAGAUUAAUGAACGUUAUGAAUUGUGUGAUACAUAUCCCUCCCUCCUGGUUGUACCAGCAAAUAUUCCAGAUGAGGAACUGAAGAGAGUGGCAUCUUUCAGAUCAAGGGGCCGUAUUCCAGUUUUAUCAUGGAUUCAUCCUGAAAGCCAAGCAACAAUCACACGAUGUAGCCAGCCCAUGGUUGGAGUGAGUGGAAAGAGAAGCAAAGAGGAUGAAAAGUAUCUUCAGGCUAUCAUGGAUUCUAAUGCUCAGUCCCAUAAAAUCUUCAUUUUUGAUGCACGACCAAGUGUUAAUGCUGUUGCUAAUAAGGCAAAGGGUGGUGGUUAUGAGAGUGAGGAUGCAUAUCAGAAUGCAGAACUGGUUUUUCUGGAUAUCCACAAUAUUCAUGUCAUGAGAGAAUCACUAAGAAAACUAAAAGAGAUUGUGUACCCAAACAUUGAGGAAACUCAUUGGUUAUCUAACUUGGAAUCUACUCAUUGGCUAGAACAUAUUAAGCUCAUUCUUGCUGGGGCUCUUAGGAUUGCUGACAAGGUGGAGUCAGGGAAGACCUCUGUGGUGGUGCACUGCAGUGAUGGCUGGGACCGAACCGCUCAACUCACCUCUUUGGCUAUGCUCAUGCUGGAUGGUUAUUAUCGAACCAUCAGGGGAUUUGAAAUUCUUGUGGAAAAAGAGUGGUUGAGCUUUGGACAUCGAUUUCAACUAAGAAUUGGCCAUGGAGAUAAGAACCAUGCAGAUGCAGACAGAUCACCUGUUUUUCUUCAGUUUAUUGACUGUGUCUGGCAGAUGACAAGACAGUUUCCACAGCAAUUUGAAUUCAAUGAAUAUUUUCUGAUUACCAUUUUGGACCACCUAUACAGCUGUUUAUUUGGGACAUUCCUGUGUAGCAGUGAGCAGCAGAGAGGAAAAGAGAAUCUUCCCCAAAAGAACUGUAUCGUUGUGGGUCCUAUAUAAAUAGCCAGCUUGAAGAAUUCACUAAUCCCCUGUAUGUGAGCUACUCCAAUCAUGUGCUUUAUCCAGUAGCUAGCAUGCGCCAACCUAGAGCUUUGGGUGGGAUAUUACAUCAGAUGGAACCCACGGAUGAUGAAACCACAGGUAAAAAUUUCUUUGUAAAGUAUGUCCUGGGAUUUUCCAUUUAAGGAAUUUUGAUGAGUCCCUCUCUUCCUUCUUAAAACAAAUUAGAAAAAGUACUUCUUAGGACUUGUGAAUAUGGGAAAUGAAACAAAUAAAGAUAUAAUUGCUAAACGGAUUAAAAAAUGUUUUAUAAAAUUGCUUCAUAUAAAAUUUUAUCAAAUUCCAUUGAUAUAUUUUUGAAGUGUACUGGAUGAUUUUUAUAACUUAGAAUUAUAUAAAAAGAGAACCAAACCCAAGAAGCAUGUAAUUUUAGCUAGUCUUGGAAUUUUGGUGUUAAAAGUUAAUUUUUCUUAUAUAAGUAGCUACAGCUAGUAUGCUCUGUGGAAAAAAACAAGAAUUUCCAGUUAGCAGUGAAACAUUGGUGAUCUCAUCAGCCCUCAAGGGUUCAAUCACAUCUAUGCAGAUGAUCUCCAAAUGUAUGUUUAUCUGUUGUCUCUUGAUAUCUCUAACAGGGUUGCCUGUUCCAUUGCCAUCCCAAAUUCAACAUGUCUAAAAUGGAAUUUAUUUAUCCCUUUUUAACUUCCUUAUUUUUGGCAAUGGUAGAACUGUUGUUCUGUACAAUGGCACUUUUAGCCACCUAGGUUCUCAAUCAUCUGACUUAUAUCACUCAUAGCUGGCACCCUCAUAUCUAUUCAGUUGCCCAUAGCUUGUAUAUUUGCCCUCUAAAUAUUUCUCAUGUUCAUUCCUUUAUGUUCACUUACAUAGCUACCACUUUUGGUUCAGACCAUCAUUUACCUGCACUCUGAUGCUAUCAUGCCUUUCCUAUUACUUUUUCCUCAUGUGUUUUAUGUUGUAGCCAGAUUAGCCUACUUUCUUAUUACCCAUGACAUACACUUUUUUGCCUGUGCCUUCACAUAGGUCGCCCUUCCCCAUUCCUGGAUGCUUGUCUUCCUUCUUUAGAACCACUAGCUUUGAGGCUCAGCCCAACCUUAUUUCUCCAUGUUUUACUAUUGUACAUGUUGUUUUCUUCCCAGCAGGGUUUAAGCAAAGAACCACCACAUGUUGUAAGCCAUAGUAGUAGCAAGUGUGUGGAGGGUGUGGUUCAUUCAGUUUAAUUUCAUAAGUGACUUUUUUUGGGUUGGGGGGUCCUUUUUCCUCAUAGGACCCUAUCCACAAUCGAUAUAAAGAACUUCUUGCUAACGAGCCGAGCUUCAGAAGAAGGUGGAGGAACUACAGAGAGAGAUCUCAAGCCGCUCAGCCUCCUCCUCAGAAAGGGCCAGUUCUCCUGGCACAAUGUGCCACUCCAGUCCAAAACUGUUGUAUAAAAGGACUUUAUCACU